AUGCAGGCUCAAAAUAUUAAUCAACAACGCAUUCUAGAGAUCAACGUGAUCUCAGCUGAGGAUCUAAGGAUUGAUGGCCGUUCGAUCAAGAAAAACGCAAUCGCCUACGUUCGAUCAGACCCAUCUAACGUUGGAUCAACGAAGAUUGACAAAGAAGGUGGUAGUUUUCCUGUAUGGGAUGAUAAAUUUGAUCUUAAACUUCCCAUGCAUGCAAGAAAUUUGGUUGUUCAAGUACUUUGUGACAAAAAACUAAUUGGAUCAGCUACAAUUCCUACAUCGGAUUUUAUUGGAGAUUAUACGCCGUCGUCUUAUUUGCACUUCUUGUGUUAUCGAUUGAGGGAUCAACGAGGGGUGUGCAAUGGGAUUAUUAAUCUCUCCGUUAGGGUUAAAGAAUUAUGUUCGAUGUGA